AUGUGCCCAUGAGCUUUGAAAACAGCAGUCAGGAUCCAUGCUGGCAGCUGUGAGAUCGCAGCAGUACAGAAGUAAAUGCUAAAUUUGCAUGCUAAUGUGUGAGCCCAAAGAGGGACUACCAUUAUAUUGAGAUUUAAACACCGCAAUACAAGCGCUGUUACAAGCAAUUUUAUUAUAUAUGUGGGAAAUGGAAACCAAUUAAUGAUAACAAGAAGAAAAAUCCACCGGUCCUGCUAAAGAUUAAGCAAACAAGAGGACCGAAGCUGCACCACCGUUUGGGGCAUUAUUAGAAUUACCACUCACCCUGACCAAGUGAUCACACCCAAACAUCAAUACACUCAACUGCAUUAAAGUUACCCCAAGGGUGCACACCGGCUGACAUCAGGAAAUCCUGUAAAAGACACACCAAGAGAAAGCUACAUUCUUCAAGCUCCUUCUUAUUCCUCUUUCGGCCGAUCACCAACUAUCUGCAUAUCCUCCCUCCUUCACUACAUCCAUAAAUCUCCUCUGUGGCCUGCAUCUUUUGCUCCUGCCUGGCAGCUCAUCUUCAACAUCCACUCCACCCUGCCUGCAGUUUCCUCUGUCUAUUCCUUUGGAUGGUUGACCUUAGGCAUUUAAACUCAUCUACUUUCACUACAUCUACUACUUGCAUAUUCACCUUUCCACCUGUCUCCCUCUCAUUCACACACAUGUAAUCCGUCUUGCUUCUCCAGUGCACACCUCCAUUUCUUCAGGCUGUCCUCCACCUGCUUCCCACUCUCACUACAGAUCACAGAGUCAUCUGCAAACAUCACGGUCCAUUGCUACUCCACAUUUCACGAGCUUGUACAACCAACUUUUCAUUUCUUUAUCAGUCUCUCCCAUGGUUAUGGAGGAAUUUGGGGAAUUCUUUACAGUGUUGCCGCAGCCCACUGAGGUUUUUUCACACUGUUUUAACGUCCCACCACAGCAUUUCGGUCGAGCUGAAUUCUUGACUUUGAAUGGACUAAAAGCCCAGCAUGUAAACCUGAUGGUUCCAGAUGAAGAUGGCGAACAAAAGCACGGCUUGUAGCCGGCAGCGCUGUGAAGUGGUUAUUAUGCAUGCUGCAACACAGGCCCUCUGUAAGCACACGCCUACAGAAACUUAUCUUCUGCAUAUGCUUCAUUAGUCUACCUGUUAAUGAGCAACACAAGCACACUGUACAGAUCCACUCUGGCUGUGAAUCAGUUGUAAACAACUCUUUUUACUGCUCGUCGCCUGCAUCAACCAGCUUCUUUCUUCCACCCUUGCCUUUCUCCGUAACACCCCACCAUCCAACCAUCACUUCCCCUCCUCUCCCUGCCUCCCCUCCCCUUCCCUUUCCAAAACCUUACCUCUCUCCACGCCUCUGCGCUGCUUCUCCCUCCUCCUUUUUGCUUCUGCACUCUCGUCUUUCCCAAUCCGGGAGGACAGCAGGAUGGAGGACAGGGUGUGGACCCCCGUGUGCCUUCUUGUCAUUUUAUCCUUGGGAUGGACUGAUGCUCAGACAAAUGACACUAACGCAAGGCCAGUCUUCCACUGUGGAGGCCACCUGGUCACAGACUCCGGCAUCGUGGCCAGUGAAGGCUUUCCCAGCUUGUACAAACCCAACAGCAAAUGCACCUGGUACAUCACUGUCCCAGAGGAUCAUGUGGUCAUGCUGUCUUUCCGCCUCUUUGACUUGGAGGCUGACCCCAUCUGCCGCUAUGACUACCUGGACGUCUACAACGGUCACUCCCGCCUAGUGCAGAAGCUAGGUCGAUUCUGCGGGACCUUCAGGCCCGGUGCCCUCAUCUCCACCUCCAACACCAUGAUGCUGGAGAUGGUGACGGAUGAAGCCACUGGUGGAAGAGGAUUUCUGGCUUCUUUCAAUGCAGGGAAACCACAUAUGGAAGAAAACCAGUUCUGUGGAGGACGACUGACCAAAUCACAGGGCAGUGUCAAGACCCCCAACUGGCCCAACUCUAAUUACCCAGCAGGCAUCAGCUGCUCAUGGCACAUCUCCGUAGAGCCGAGCAAUGUGAUUGAGGUACAGUUUGAGAAACUGGAUCUGGAGCCUGACAUGUACUGUCGUUAUGACUAUGUGGCCUUAUUUAAUGGGGGAGAAACGGAUGACUCGAGGAGGAUAGGGAAAUUCUGUGGAGACAAACCACCAGGCACUAUAGUGACAAAUGGGAAUGAGCUCCUUCUCCAGUUUGUGUCUGACCUCAGCGUGACCUCAGAUGGAUUCAUGGCCUACUACUCCAGUGUGCCUCGUGGGUCCCGCACACCCACUGCAGGAGGAGACUUUAUCCACAGACCUCAGAUAACCUCCACGACAAAAACACCCACCAAACCAACCCCCAAACCAGUUCCCAAACUCAGACCAAGCCCCAAACCCAAACCCACUCCCAAACCAGUUCCCAAACUCAGACCAAGCCCAAACCCAAACCAACCCCCAAACCAGUUCCCAAACUCAGACCAAGCCCCAAACCCAAACCCACUCCCAAACCAGUUCCCAAACUCAGACCAAGCCCCAAGCCCAAACCCACUCCCAAACCAGUUCCCAAACUCAGACCAAGCCCCAAGCCCAAACCCACCCCCAGACCACCCAGAAGGCAACCAGGAAGGCCACCGCUUAAAGAAACCUCCACUAAACAGACCCACUACUACUGACAUCAAACCCACAUCUAAACCUAAACCUACACCUAAGCCUAAACCUAAACCUGAAAUUAAGCCUACAGUAAAGCCCAAACCCAAACCUGAAAUUAAGCCUACACCAAAGCCCAAACCUAAACCUACGCCUAAACCUAAGGUCAUUAAACCAACUCUUAAACCAAGAGUCAAGGUUAAACCCACACCUAAGCCCACUAUAAAACCUAAAGUGAAACCAGUGAAGCCAACCAAGAAGGCAGGAGUUAAACCAACAGUCAAACCUAAGAUGAAACCCACAGCAUCAUCUAAACCAGGAGUAACCAAAGCAGUGACAAAGAAACCUGAUGUGAGCAAGAAACCUUUACCACUGAACCCACUGUGUACACAACCCUGUAAGCGGACUGGAACCCUCCAAACCAGCUUCUGCCCUCAUGACUUUGUGAUUACGGGUAAGGUUACAUUUAUAGAUCCUGGUCCAAGAGGCUCAGCAACCAUCGAGGUGUCACUGAUCAAGGCGUAUAAGACAGGAAGCCUCACCGUCACCAAAUCAGGACCCGCCAAAAUAGUCACACUGACUUCUACCUGCAAGAAAUGCCCUGGGCUAAUCAAAGGUCGUAACUACGUGUUGAUGGGAAAAGUCGACGCAGAGGGCAACGGCCAUUUGAGCCCCUCCAGCUUCACCCUUCUCUUUAAGCCUGUUCAUUCAAAAGCACUGGAUGUCCUUUCUCGCAAAUCAUGCUGACAUCGUGGCCUAAACCACCAAUCAAACUGACGGCCCUGACUCUUUAAAAAAAUGUAACAUUGCAUAAAGAGUGAAAAUAUUAUAAGCAAUAUCGUACAGAAUUUUUUUCAUAUUACAAUAUGGUUGUGAGAAGGAGUUACAUUUUAAACAUACAAUAUUAACAUAUUACUUUUGUAUUUUCUAUGUAAAUUAUAAAGUUUCUGUGUUAAAAGAUACACAAUAAACACAGUUUUGGGGUAA